AGGAAUUUGACUCCGGUUCACUUAGCUCUCAUAGUACAAAACAGAUUAAAAAAAGCGUAGACACAAAAUCAAACAAACAAGCAAACAACAACAACAAAAAUAGGUGCAUAGUGCAAACUAAUCCAGAGCCGAAGAUGAAGCGAACAUGAUCAGUGCCGAUGAUGGCCCCUCUAAAAGCGAGGAGACCCGGGACGCCGGGCGGAAGAGGACAUGUCCGCCUGAAACGCUGCACCUUCUGUUAGCCGUGGUGGUGUGGUUGGUCACAGGAACCACCAUCUCCAGCCUGAACAAAUGGAUCUUUGCGGUGUACAACUUCAGAUACCCGCUCCUACUGUCAGCUCUGCACAUGCUCACGGCCAUAGUUGUAGGAGUCAUAAAGUACUGGUUUGUCCGAAACCAGGGCAUGGCAGAGCAGGAUCUGACAUCCAGCGCCAAGUGCAAAGUGUUCCUGCUGAGUCUCACGUUCUGCGCCAGCAUCGCCUUCGGAAAUGUCGGGCUCAACUACGUGCAGCUGUCCUUCGCGCAGAUGAUCUACACUACCACGCCGAUCUUCACCCUGGCAAUCUCGUCUCUGGUGCUCGGCAAACAGCACCACGUCCUGAAAUAUACAGCCAUGAUGCCGAUUUGCCUCGGGGCUUCGUUCAGCAUCAUGGGCGAGGUGCAGUUUGAUCAGACGGGCUGUCUGUUCGUGCUCGCCGCCACCAUGCUACGGGGAGUAAAGAGCAUCCAGCAAAGCAUCCUGCUCCAGGAAGAGAAGAUCAAUUCUGUCUUCCUUCUCUACCUGAUGGCAAUCCCCAGUUUCUGCAUCCUGGCUGUGGCAGCUCUGGUCCUGGAGAACUGGGCUGCUCUUCAGUCACCCCACCACUAUGAUGGCCAUCUGUGGGGCUUCAUCAUGCUCAGCUGCCUGGGCUCUGUGCUCUAUAACUUGGCGAGCUGCUGCGUGAUCAGCCUCACAUCCGCCGUCACGCUGCACAUCCUGGGCAACCUGAGUGUGGUAGGAAACCUGCUGCUCUCCCAGCUCCUCUUUGGCAGCCAGCUUUCUGCGCUGAGUUGCGCUGGGGCCGCGCUCACACUCUCUGGCAUGAUCAUCUACCAGAACUCAGAGUUCAUCAUUGCAUACAUUGAUGCCCGCCGCGCAAAAGCCUCAAAUGGCAAGAUCUGCACUGAUGAGACGGAACCUUAUUCAGGAUGCACUUAUGAGACGUCUUCGUGUCUAGAUCUGUCCCAGGAGCCAUGUUUAGAACUUUCCUCAGAACCAUCUCUAGAACUGUACGAUGAUUCUGAACCAUGGGAAGAACUAUACAAUGAUCUAGAACCACAUCCAACACUUGAUCAUGAUCUAGAGCCAUCUCCAGAACUGUGCUAUGACCUCCAAACAUCUCCAAAACUGUGCCAUGUCCAAGAACCAUAUACACUUGAUCAUGUCCUAGAACCAUCUUCAGAACUGUGCCAUUACCUAGAACCAUACUCAGAACCACCUCCAGCACAAGACCAUGACCUAGAACAAUCCUCAGAAUUAGUCCAAGAUGUAGAACCAUCUGCAGAACUAGAUCGUGACUUAAACCCAUCUUCAGAACUAGACCAUGACCUAGAACCAUCCUCAGAAAUAGUCCAAGACCCAGAACUAUCCUCAAAAUUGGAUCAAGUCCUAGAACCAUCCUCAGAAAUAGACCAAGACCCAGAACCAUCCUCAGAAUUAGACCAAGUCCUAGAAUCAUCUUCAGAACUAGGCAAUAAGCUCAGACCAUCCUCAGAGCUAAUCCACAAUGUAGAACCAUCCCUAGAGCUAAUGCAUGACCUAGAACCAUCCUCAGAACUAGUCCAUGACCUAGAACCAUCCUUUGAACUUGUCCGUGACCUAGAACCAUCCUCAGAACUAGUCCACAAUGUAGAACCAUCCCUAGAGCUAGUGCAUGACCUAGAACCAUCCUCAGAACUAGUCCAUGACCUAGAACCAUCCUCAGAACUAGUCUGUGACCUCGAACCAUCAUCACCACUUGGCAAUAACCUAGAACCAUCUUCAACACCAGACCAUGAUUUAGAACCAUCUCCAGCACUGGACCACGUCCAUGGCCUUGUCCAUGACCUAGAACCAUCCUCAGAACUAGUCCAUGACCUAGAACUGUCCUCAGAAUUAGUCCAUGACUUAGAACCAACCUCAGAACUUGUCCAUGACCUAGAACCAUCCUUAGAGCUAGUCUGUGACCUUGAACCAUCCUCAGAACUAGUCCGUGACCUCGAACCAUCAUCACCGCGAGAUAAUAGCCUAGAACCAUCCUCAGAACUAGUCCAUGACCUUGAACCAUCAUCACAGCUAGACAAUAACCUAGAACCAUCUUCACCACCAGACCAUGAUCUAGGACCAUCUCCAGCACUGGACCACGUCCAUGGCCUUGUCCAUGACCUAGAACCAUCCUCAGAACUAGUCCGUGACCUUGAACCAUCAUCACCGCUAGACAAUAACCUAGAACCAUCUUCACCACCAGACCAUGAUCUAGAACCAUCUCUAGCGCUGGAUCACGUCCAUGGCCUUGUCCAUGACCUCGGACAUUCGUUAGAACUGUAUGAUGACUCUGAGUCACUUCGAGAAUUCUCUCUUGAAGGUUACAGUGACGUAGAACCAUCAGCAGACCUAGAACUAGCUCUAAAAUCUGACAAGAGGACAGAGACAAGGUUCCACGAGAAAAUGGACUGAGGACAGAAAGACAAACUGGAAAUCAUAAACUAUGGUCCUUCCUUACAUGAAGCUCCAAUGAAUCUUAUCUGGAGGUUUAACUGGUUUUUCUUGUGAGCUCCUGUGACACAUAGUUACUUCUUUUCCAUCAACAUGGUGCAGAUGAUGGUUCUGGGAACCUCUUUUAGGGACCCAUCCCAAGUUUUGGCUCCUUUUACCAAUGCCUAGCAUAGAAAUAACCAUUGUGGGUCAUGAGUUGCUUUUGUUGUCAUGGUCACUACAUGACCUGCAUAUUCUUGCUAAAUAAUGCCACUGGUUCUCUUUGGCCAGCUAGGGACUCGGUGUAAAAAAGCACAGAACGGUUCCAUCAGCACAAGUCCUAUAUUGGUGGAAAGGUGAUAAAUGUGGUCCGAGCCACAGUACCAGUACCUCCUCACUGUGCCAAUAUGUUUAUCUCCAAGUUCACAAAACCCUGACACUGACUUUUUGAAUCGUAUCUAUUAUGGUUAAAUACACACCGGUUGGCAUAAACACUCCUGUGUGAGUGCAGAAGACUGAUCUGAUAUUUAUCUCCACUGUGAAGCCACAAACCAGGUGUCUGUUGGAUUCUGGGUAACGCCGCCAUUCUGCAGGUCGUCUUUGGAUUGCUCAAGCACUUUUUUUUUUCGUAAAAAAAAAAACACAAAAAACCUCAGUGAUUACAAAUGAAGAAAAGCCCACAUUGGUGGUUUGGAGGUACUCUUCUUCUUCAUGCUCUGCUAGUCUGGAAGGAGCUUUUAAAGGCAGCUCUCAUGUGUCAGGUGUUCAUUAUAAUUUUUUUUCCUCAAGCUUACGUUUACAUAAACUGCACACUAGUGAGAUUGUCUCAUUUUUUAUUUUUGCUUAAUUCAAAGUAAAGAUGGACAUUUAAGAAAACGGCUUGUUUGGUAGGUAGAAAAAUAGACAUGUCUACCUAGAUAAAAUAAACUGUAAAAAGUAAACAGCCAUUAGCAAGUUUACACAGUGGCAUGUGAUUAACAAACAGUAACGAAUAUUUAAAAGCGUUCCACUUACUGCAAAGAUAUGAAGAAUGCUUGUGAAGCUAUGAGGCAUUUGUCAGGAAGUCUGUUUCGCCCAAAAUCUUUUGAUCAUAAAAACAUCACCAAAUUAUCUUACGUUCACUUCAAGCUAGACGGCCUUUCGAUUUCAUAAAAUCGGUGAAAUUUAGUUCCGUCUGAAAUGUGGUCAUUGUGAUUAUAUGUUUAUUUCUGUAAUAUCUCACAAAAUAUCAGGCCGUUCUGUGGCUGGGAAGGUAUUUAAUUUGAGGGGAUUAAAGCAAAUAAUGUGCAUGAAAUCGCUCGCUUUGCGCAAUCAAGCAGACAGAGGAAGUCCGUGUGUGUGCGCAUGCGCAGGUUUACCACCUUCUUCUUCUUUUGGGUUUUACGGCAGCUGGCAUCCACAGCGUUGUAUUACUGCCAUCUACAGGUUUCCCUUUGAGCGUACACUGACAGUUCCAUCAUUCUGUCGCUAAACGAACAGCUGAUCACACCGAGGUGCUCGCUGACCGCCGAUAUUUAUUAGUUUGGUCCUGCGUUUCCUUUCCUUCGCAAUAUGUCUUUUCUUCUCGCUUUUCAUUACUGUAGUCGGUCUUUCACGUUUCAUUCACACACUCACGUCCUCCAUUUUUCUCUCCUGUUUCAAAUUUGUAUCCCACAAUACCUUGCGCGAACGGGGAAAGCCCACCACGUCAUGCAUGACGUAGUAUCUUGAAUUGGGUCAUGGUGAAGCAGGAAAAAAUAGUGGAGAAUUUAGGGCCACGUGGCUUUAAAGUCAUUAAUUGUUCUAUUUUUAAAAAAAAACCUAACAGACCCCUUCGCAGGUUUGUAAACAAACCGACCGUUGCCAAGAUGCGCGCGCAGCCUGGACCCAGAAACAAUGGCGCUGCCCAUAGACCGGCAUUAUGAGCUGUCAGAUUAUGCCAAACAAUUGUCGUUACAAGAUCGAGAAUGCUACAUAAAUAAGUUAACUCUAACAAGUGGACAUCGCCUACCGGAUCCGCAUUUAAUUAAAGAGUGGACGGACGAUGUUAGUAAGUUCCCUGGUAUACAAUGGCCAGAUAUAUGCUCGUACCUUAUUGACAAGACUUCAGUGUACACCCACGAAAACCUUCGUGCCUACAAGUCUUUAGACGCAUAUGAUUAUGUUAUGUGCGGGCAUGUACAACUUGAUUAACAAUGGGACAUUCAUAUUCAUUUUGUUUUAAUCAAAUUAUGCCAGUGAUGUGAUGGCAAUGUGGCUUUAGCUACAACAGCAAAUACCAACACUAAACAGCAAUUUGCAGGAGGUAAUGGCAUGAAAGGAAUGAUAGUGUAAAGAGUGCAGCUAAGAGAAAUCAGAGCUGCGUAAAAAGCGAGAGGCAGAGAGCAGAAAUGAAACUGAACCGGGCGGGAGCUAGGUUAGAGCAGUCAACGUAAGUUGGCAUUUAGAGUGAGGGCACACAAUUUUACCUUUCCAUCCUUGCUUUAAAAUUGUGAUUUUCGGCAUACACAAAUAAUGACGGCACAAAAUCUGGACUGCUUGAGUCAAGCGAGACCUCUCCUACAAACAAAAUUGCAUGCAAAGCUAAGUUAACAUGCUAACAAUAUUCAUUACAUUGUGUAACUAUGACCCAGCUAACCAGACAAACGUUACCAAAGUAUUUUGCUACAUCAAUAAACGAAGACUAGAAAGAAUAAAAAAGAAAGAUUUAAUAAAUAGCCUGAUCUUACCUGUGAUGAAGUGGGCGCUGCAAACCCGCGCAUUUUUGAUAGUGCUUUCAUCCCAGUCUACACGUUUGAUGGCUUGUAGUCAUAGACGUCGGCGAUUUUUUUGGAAUGGGUGAGAUCCUGCUGGAAUUCUGAACAUUUUAACCCCAUCACUGCUACGAUUCUGACACCCGACAACACAACAACUAGGCAUUUCUGAGUCUUUUUUGGGUCCAGGCUGCGCGCGCAAUUUCCGCUUUUGUAUGAAUGACGUUUACUGCGAAGGGGUCUAUAAAAUUGGAAGUCUGUGAUUCGAAUUCAGUAGCUUUCGGUCGACUAAACAAAAAUAAUUGGGCGUCGGGGAAAAUUCUUUUUAUGACCUAAACUUGAAAAAUCUGAAAGGCAGUCUAGCUUUCAAAAGAUAUUGUAAAGUAGGAAGUUGAUAAUUUUCAUAUCAUACCAUGUCCUGAAGUGUUUUGUUCUUUUUAUACCACAGCACUUUGUCAACUAUUACAAUUAUUAAUUUAUUAAAGAACAAGACAACUGUUUCUAGAUACAUUUCGUGUCAUGGUAGUUCCUGUUAGCACUUGUAUAUAGCAUUAUACAGUACAUAGUUAUUAGUAUAUUAUUAUAUUAUAAUAGGAUAAAACAGUUGUUCCCUCGCUACUCUCUCCUUUUCUCUGUCUUGAAGUUAAUAUGGGUAUUGAGGCACUCCUGAUGAGCAAAAUAUUCGCAGGGGCACAAAAUCAACCUGAAUAGAAUCAUAAUAUUAUAACGUCAUGAAUGAACCAUCGAAUUGUCUAGUGUCGGGUAUUUCACGUCAAUAAAUCACUGCACUGUCUUGUGACAGUGAGGCCAAUAAUGAGAUGCGCAUCACAGUUACGAGACAUAUUUAUUCCUUUCUUUGACACCGCAUGCCAUGUGCCAGAAACAACACCACGACAUUUAUUAUGGUGUGACUCUGCUGGGUGCCUGGUGGACAGCAGUGAACCAGCGCUUUCACUUUACAUCGGUACUCAGAGAUGUCCACAAGCGCCAGCGACCGGCGUUUUUUUCCGCCUACACAGACGGUCUGCGCCGGCUACUCAAUCCCAGGAAAAAACCCAACAACUUGCCUUUCAAUGUUCAAGCGAUUUAUAUAAUCUCCGCUGCCCAUAAUUUCCUGCAAAUCCAGUUAUUCCACCAUGAAAUUGUCUUUGAUUUGGGUCUAGAAGCGACGCCAUAUUUGUUGAUCGAUUCUCGUGCUCUGAUUGGCUGAGCCGGACCACGUGGCCAUGCCGUAGUGUAUGUAGUUAUGUUACAGAGCCAGGCAGCGUACUACUGAGAAAGCCAAGCACGUAUACAUCUGGAGGGAAAUUACCUACAUAUUUUGCAAGUAUUUUACAAGGAAAUGAUUCGUAAUUUAUUAGCUAAGAAUGCACCAGAAGGCAUGUAAAUUUCAAAAUUUUCUGGGGGGGGGCGCAUGCCCCCAGACCCCUCUAGCAUUAGCAUGCCUUUGCAUUAGCCGUAAAUUCCAGAGCCGCUUACUACUUUUUUUUUAGCCGGCUGCUUAGGAUUUUCUGGAGAACCUUGGUAUUAUAUCAUUACCAUCGUAUAUUAUCAGAAAAACAACUACUGGAAAGCAUCCUCCUCGAACGAAUGCAGCGUAUGAGCUCCAAGGGUUCGAGCUGUAAGCUUGAUAUUUCAAACUUGAUGUCAGACAGUUGCCUGGUUACCGCCGUCAAUUGUACAACAAGCUAGUGGACUAAUUAAACUGUUUUAAAUAGUUUUAUAUGAAACUGUCAUGAAUAUUUUCCAUAAAAUGUGUUGGUAAAUAAUCCCGUGUUAUUUUUUAAAAAGCAAAUUAAAAAUACGCGCUGGAUAAAACCCCAUCUAUCUUAUGUAAAUAAAGAUACAAAUUUCGUCGUUCGGUGGUCAAGCGUUUGAGAUACAUUGCCUUGUACUUACGAUUGGGUUCCCUGUGGUGAUAUACAUACGUCGAUCGUACGUACGGACAUGGUACGGUCGCAAAAGCCAUCAAAAAUCAGGUUGAUGCAUUACCGUAUUCUCUUAAAUAUGGAGCUGUGCAUGCAGGAAGCUUCAUAAGAAAAGCAUAACCUCCUCUGUCCUGAAGACUUUCCUGUGGCAUAAAACUUACGGCCUGUUACAAAACUGACACUGGAGACUCCUUCCUUAAAUGUUGAUAGAUAGAUAGAUAGAUAGACAGACAGACAGACAGACUUUAUUUCAACAGGUUGGCCCAUUCAGCACAGCUGGUAUCCAUAGGGGCCCUGCAAAACUAUAAUUUACAAAAAUACAAUAUGCAACUAUACUAAUUUACAAUUUCAAGAAUACGUUACAAUAAUCUUUAAGAAUCUCAUUGAAUA